GUGAGUGGGUGGGCAGCAAAAGGUCCCGACGGCUACUUGUUGGUCUUCCGUCGCACUCUGCGGCCCUCUGGCGCCUCUGAGGGCCGCUUGCGUGACGAUACCAGCCUGUCUUGCUUCUCUCUCUCAGUCUGCGCCACCAUCGUCUUCCGACAGUGAAUCGCUUCUGCCUUGGCCUCACUGUCACCCCCAUACUCAGACAGAGAGAAGUUGCGGCUCCGUCGCUUUCCAGACGCAUCAACCCAGUUGGCCACCCAUGCCUUGCUCUUCUUGCACCACCUCACACCCCUGUGGCCGCUCUGCUUCUCGACUGGCUGCCGGAGGCUCGCCGCACCGCUCGCUUCCGCCUCCUUGCGGCACGCGACGGCCUUGUCGUAGGCCUCCUCGAUGUCGCCGUGUGUGCUGAUGGUGAAGGUCUUCAAGUGCUUCCUGCCGCCCUGCUCCCAGUACGCCCCCCAUGCCUUGUUGCCUUUGUCGAAGUAGACGCCCUUGACAUUCUUGGCGAGCAGCUGGUCGAUGAGCUUCCAGCGACCGCGGCCGAGACUGGGGACACUCUGAGCAGAGAGGGAAGGGACACACAGAAAACCAUUAUCGAAAAGGGCCACACAUCGCAUUUCGUGCACUCGCGUACCUUGCGCUGAUCCGGCCAGAUCUUCUCCAUGUCCUUGCGCCGCUUGAUGGCCGUCUCCUUGGCGCGCUUCUCGCCCAUCUUGGCCACAGAGAAGUACUCCUGCUUCUGCUUGCCGUUCUCGUACCAUGACGCGAUCCAAUAGCCGUUCUCGUCAUCGUGGUACACACCGGUGAUCUCGUUCUUGUUGCGGCUCAUGAUGGGACGGCCAGCCUUCUCGUUGUCUUGCUCGUUCUGCCGGCGACACGCCUCUGCCUCGGCCUUGGCCUCGUCGUAGCCCCCAUGCUUGCUCACGGAGAAGCUCUUGGGUUUCCACUUGCCGUCCAUCUUGACCAUGGCACUCCACGUUUGGCGCUUGUCGUCGAAGCGCACGCCUCGGACGGUCGACUGGUGGGUGGGGGCUGUCGGCCCGGCCGCCUUGCCGGCCGCCUUGGGCUGCUUGAAGGUGGAGUCGCUCAGAUGGUCACCACCACUCCCUGACACACACACACAGCACACAAAGCAGUCUGGUGUAGGUCGCGCCAUCGGCAUGUGUGCGAAUGUGGGUGUGUCUGCGUACCUGAGCUCUCGGGCUCAUCGUCCUCAUCCUCGUCGUCAUCAUCAUUGUCUGCAACAGGAAAGCACACCAGAGAUGUGCUCGACGCGCUCUCUCUCUCUCUCCCUCUGUGUGUGUGUGUGUGUGUGUGUGUGGCUGACCAUCGGGUGGGUUGUAGUCCUCGUCGUUGUCGUCAUCGCUGCUGCCCUGGUCGUCGCUCGAGCCGCCCUCGUCGUCAGGCGGGUCGCCACCCACACGGCCACGAGCAGCACCCUUGCGAGCCUGCCGCUUCCGGCCGAGGCGAUCUGCCGCAGCAAACACGGAUAGCAUCCCCAUGCAGUGGUUCGCGUUGUGCCGUGAAUGUGUGUGCAUCGGCAUACCGUUGAGGGGCAUCACCUCGCUGCGGGCAGCGGCGAAACGGUCUGCAGCGGCAAAAGAAAUCCCUGACCAUGAUCGCCACCCACACCCACACCGCCAGCGGCACCACCUGAGCCCGACACCUGGGUCGCAGCACCCUGACACAUCACACACCACACCACACCAGAGGAUGGUCUCUCCAUGGGGCAGCCGUCUGUGCGUGUGUGGUGUUGUCCUCACCACAUGGGUCAUGUUGUCGAGAUCGUCGCUUGCACCUGAGCCGGUCGGCGCCCGGGUCGAUAAAGCACCCAUAGUGGAGUCGGUCUGAGCACACACAAGAGGGAGAGGCAGGAAAUGAGACGACCUGCGAGAACUGCCCGUGGCCUCCGCACGCACGGCGGCAUGACAGACACGGGGCGUGCAGUGGUGUGCGUAUUCCUGUCUGACUGUUUGUCUCACAUCAUAGUCAGCACGAGAAACCGAAGCCGACGCGCCUGCAGCUUUCUCCCCCUUGCCCUUGCCCUUGCCGCCCGACACAAUGCUGACACACAAAACUUGAACAACACACACACAUACAGAGAACAGGUGACACAAACAAAUGAGCAAGAGUCGCCAAUUUCAGCCUGCCCACAUCGCUGCCCACCCGUCAGCCCAGCCCUCACCUGUCAGCCUCCACGCCUCCGACGCCGCAGCCACUCCAAAAUUGAGUCACUCCUCGAAGCACGCCGCCUCUGUUUGCUGAGACCGCCGUUUGCGCGAAGAUCUACGUAUCCCCUGGUGUCACCCUGCAGAGCACAAUAGACAGGCCGCGAGGAAAAAAACUGACGAACGAACGAACGGGCCGACCCUUGCAAGCUCGCGAUCCACUCGGCGUGACAGAGAGGGUGUCUUUUGCCUCCUUUGCGGAGCGCACUGAUUCAUCCGUUCGCGGCGCUGCCGACAGCCUGGCGGCCUCGUAUCUCUCAGAAGACAUGAUCAACACAUUCGUUCACACGACAGAAUGAGCAGAGUGAUAGUAUCACACGGUCCACACACACACUCACAGCACCACGGCAUCAACACAGGAUGCCGCUUGGUGGGGCUCUUCGAGCUGAUGGAGAACCGAGGACCCUCAGCUGAGGGUCGCAGCACACCCAUCCGCUUGAAGGACCCGACAACGCAUCAGGCAGCGAGUAGUGAGUCCUGAGCAGCGAGCAGUGGGCCGGUAGGAAACUGCUGCAUGCCAAGCACGCCAACUCGGCCGGGUGACGGCUCACCUCCCCUCACCGCGACCGCCGACCGUGCCGUUCCUUGUCCACACCAGGGAACGCACAGACGGCGGACGCCGUGGUGCCAAGCGACCCGUCACCCGGGUGUCCGUGUGUUGUUUCAUUGUAAAACGUGAGCCAGUCAGUGAGUCAUUGCAAAACCACCAUUGUGCAUUGAGGCGAGCGAGAAGCAGGUAGGAAGAGAGAUAGUGUCUGUCCACUGAGAUAGUGUCUGUCCGCUGAUCAGAUCACACACACGUACGCACACACCAAGACAGACAAGAGAGGUUAAAAAGGCAGACAGGCACCGCACGCACACCACAGCACAGCAAGUGUCUGUGUCUGUCUGUCUAGAAAGAAGGAAGGGUGAUAUUUACACUCAACACCGGAUGGCUGGAUGGCCUGCCUGCCGGUUUAUCGUGAUGUGCACACGCACGACCUCUCCCUGGCUCACGCGUGCAAAGGCUACCUUCGUAGCUUGCUUGACGGGCCGGGGCUGGACUGACCAACAUGACAGAGAGAAAGGGGUAGACACCAUGCCAUUGCCAUCAAUCCAUCCGUUCGUUGUCAUUGUUCCG